GGGCGUUCACUACACAAACUAAAAUUUGUUUACGCACAAACGUGCAACAAGAGCCUUGCUGGGCCAGCGCUUGCUCGAUUAAAAACCGCGGUUUCACAAAAGUCUUUUCUUAGCAUCUGAAACUAUUCUCGUGACGUGAUAUGCCGCCGAUUUCAUGAUACAAACUUUACUUUUUCCUCUUUUCUGGUGCAUUCCUCGUGUCCAUGUUGACGUGCGCGUAGUACACCAGUGCGUAUACAAGAAACACUGCGCACGCAAUCGUCAUCAUCGUCUGUAGAUUGCAUUGCUUUCAGAUCGCGAUCGAGCGAUCACCUCAAGAGCCAAUCGGUAAACACGCCGGUGUGUGUUGCAGCUGCUCACGCUACUAAUGGCGCACAGCAAACAACUGUCGCCCGAAGAGAUUGCAGACAUAAAAGGCGCCUUCCUGCUAUUCGAUCGCAACGGCGACGGCGUCAUUUCGUGCGCGGAGCUCGAGAUGGUGCUGCGUGCUCUCGGAGAAAGCCCCAGCGCUGACGAGAUGGCGCGCAUCGUGCGCCAGGUGGACCGCAAUUUCAACGGGAGCAUCGACUUCCAAGAGUUCUUGGCCUUCAUGGUGCGCAAGAUGUCUGUGCGCAUCAGUACACGCGCGGACGUCCUCAAAGCGUUUCAAGUCUUCGACAGGGACUCCAAUGGAUACAUCACAAAGGCCGAGCUGACCCAAAUCUUUACUAAGAUUGGGCAGAGCAUGACACUAGAAGAAGCUGAAAAAAUCAUAGCAGAAGUGGAUUCUGACAAGGAUGGUCGCAUCGACUAUGCGGAAUUUCUCAACAAGGUAAUGCCGGAAGAGAAGGAGGAAGGCAGUUCCAGUAAAAAACAGCACAAAUGAAAACAGCUUUAUAGCCCUCCCCUCCCCACAGCUGUAUCAGAGAGGGCCGGUCAUCGCUUGGGCCACUUGGCAACAGGCUCGCCAC